AUGUCUGAAACUUGUCCCAAAAAAGGGGACAUAAGACUGGUAGGACACCACUCCUCCAAGCCCAGAAAACACAAACAUCACCAACCACCUCGCCAAGAACCCACACCUCACCGCCCACCUUGCCAGGAACCCACACCUCACCGCCCACCUCGCCAGGAACCCACACCUUACCGACCACCUCGUCAGAAACCCACACCUCACCGACCACCCAGACCUCAGGAUGUGGAGGAAGGAGAAGUGGUUGAAAUUCCUACAACAGGGGAUGAACAUGUGGCUGAAGAAAGGCCUCGAUUCUCACAUUCCAGGGCCAAAAACAUCCUCCUCCAAAUCAAGGCAUGCAGUAGGGAGAUGUACGUCAUCAAACAAAAAAUGGCCUUUAUUGAGAAAACAUUUAAGGACAUAAUUGAUAACUUGGGGGGAAACUAAGAAAACUCCAUUUUUGUUCCCAGUUUGACCAAAACGUUUUUGCACUUUUUCAAACAAGCAAAAAUUUGAAGAUGCACACAGUGGGUCAACAUGUGCUAUCUGCCAUCUCGGGAUA